UCAAUAGUUGAAAAAAAAAACGUAGUCGUAACCGACCAGGAAAUUUCAAAGCAUUUGAAACUAACUAAUAACCUUCCAACGCGCAAGUGGAAGGUUUCGAUCUAUGCAGUUGACGACAUGGGAGAACAUAGACCUUUGAAUUACGUUGAAAAAGUUGAAUAUAUUUUACAUCCAACAUUUGAACACCCACAAAGAGUGGUGCGGAAACCUCCAUUUACUCUCUCUGAAAAAGGUUGGGGCGAAUUUGAUAUGAAGAUUAUAUUACAUUACACAGAUAAAAGUGUUCCGCAAGUUACUUUAUAUCAUGAUCUAAAUUUCAACAAAUCUCAUUAUGAAGUUUCUCAUAGACUAACCUUUAAUGAUCCGAAACCAACAUUUCAGUUGUUGCUUUUUCACGAAAAGUCAGGUGAUACGAAUUCACCUAAAUCUAGCAAAAAAAAAUCCAAACCAUCACUUAACGCAACUAGUAAACGGCAAAAGACUGAUACGUCUGGAUCACCAGAUUAUGAAUCCGGUAAUUCUUCGCGUUCACCGUGUUCUGCCAACGAAUCCACGAAUGAUAAAGAGAAUCAUAAAGUAGAUUAUCAAAAAUUAGCAAGGAAUCUUUACGCGUUGGAUGAGGAUGAUAUACUUGAAGUGAUACAAAUUGUCAAUGAUAAUCGUUCAGAAGAAAUGUACAUUAAUGAAGAUAUUGAGGGAGAAUUUCACAUAGAUUUGUAUACUCUCGGCGAAGAAUUAUUGAAAAUACUGUGGGAUUUUACAGAAUCAAAAUUAGAUCCUUCGACUAUUUAA